AUGGACAAAAUUUGGAUGUUCCAUUAUGAUGGACAAAUGGACGACACGAAAUGGAAAAAUGAUCAUCAAUAUUUUGGUGAUUCUCCAAUGGGUAGUGUAUUUCUUGGUUCUGUUGAUGCUAGCAAUGAAUCUACCGAUUCCACCAAAAUGUACAAGUUAUUUGAAAACACUAUUGAAAGAAUUGGGCCGGAAAAUAUUGUACAAGUUGUCACCGAUAAUGGUAGUGAGAAUGUUGAGGCGGGAAGUAGGAUGAAGGGUGUGUACCCACACAUUUAUUGGACUCCAUGUGCCGCUCAUUGCAUCAACUUGAUAUUUGGUGACAUAUUUAAACUUAAGCCAUAUGCUUCCGUGCUUCAUUUGGUGGAUGGGGAGAAAAACCACCAAUAUUAUAUUUAUGAAGCAAUGGAUAGAGCCAAAGAAGAUAUUUCACAUGGUUUUCAUGGAGUUAAGAAGCAAUAUGAGAAAGUGUUUCAAAUUAUUGAUGCAAGGUGGUCAGAACAACUCCAUCGGCCAUUGCAUGCUGUAGGACAUGUCUUGAACCCAGGAUUAUAUUAUAAAGCUCAAGAAGAUAGAACUAUAGCACAUACUUUGUGGACCGAGUAUUAUGCAUGUGUUGAGAAGUUGGUCCAUGAUACAACAAUACAAGAUUCACUAGUCGCUGAGCUUCCUAGGUACAAAAUGGCAGAUGGACUAUUUGGUUGUGGUCCAGCUAAAAGAGCUAAAAACACAAGGUCACGGGUUGAAUGGUGGUCACUAUUUGGUAGUGAAACACCAAACUUGCAAAAGUUUGCCAUGAAAGUAUUAAGCCUAACUUGUAGCUCAUCCGGAUGUAAGCGAAAUUGGAGUGUGUUUGAACAUAUUCAUUCCAAAAAGAGGAAUAGGAUAACACUAUCGCGUCUCAAUGAUCUAGUGUACAAUAAGUACAAUAGAACAUUGAAACGUCAUUAUGAUGCUCAUGAUCUUAUUGAUCCAAUUCGCUUGGAUACCAAUGAUGAUUCAAAUGAAUGGGGACUUUCUUCAAGAUCAAGAGCACUUGACAAGGGCAAAGGACUAGAAAGUACAUCUACAAGUUCAUCUUCAAGUAGGAAUCAAACACUAAUUGAUGAGGAAUACGUGGAGGAAGAAAAUGAAGAGCAAUAUAAUGAUGUAGAGGAUUUUGAUCUUCAAGAGUUGGAUAGUUUUGAAGAAGAAUAG